CGUCGCCGUCCGUCGCUAAGGACCCGGACCCCGAGACUCUGAGUCUCUGGGACUCUGAGACUCUGAGUCCACGAGACUCUGGGACUCUGGGACUCUGAGACCUCUGAGACUCCGAGUCCACGAGACUCUGGGACUCUGGGACUCUGGGACCCUGAGACUCCGAGUCCACGAGACUCUGGGACUCUGGGACCCUGAGACUCCGAGUCCAUGAGACUCUGGGACUCUGGGACUCUGAGACUCUGGGACUCUGGGACCCUGAGACUCCGAGUCCAUGAGACUCUGGGACUCUGGGACUCUGAGACUCUGGGACUCUGGGACCCUGAGACUCUGGGACUCUGGGACUCUGAGACUGCAGGACCCCGAGACUGCGGGGACCCAGAGACUAUCGGAGACCCAAGGCUGCGGGACCCCUGCACCGUAACGACAAGAGGAGGCCCGGCACACAUCAACGACAGCUCUGUGGCGCCCCCUGACUCACCACGCGUGGAACAGAGAGAGUUGAACGGCAUUUUGGACAAUUGACUACCUCCCUCGCCAAUGCAGGUUACUUUAGAGACAACUUGACCACGGUCACUGCUAAGAGUGCCUGCCAAAAAGAAUGUUCAGCUAUAUACACACCGUGGCGCUUUUGCUUAUGCAGUAGUUUUUAGUAUCCAAGUAUCCUGCCAUCAUUAGCAAGGUUGUUUUCCAUCAACAUUACUUUAAUGUUGUAAAUAUUGUAGCAGUUUGUGAAGAUGAUUUAUCAGCUUGCAGCUGGAAUGGUCGAUUUCGUUCACAUCAAGUACAAUUUAAUAUAUUGUCAAACACUAAGGUGAACUCCCCUCGCUUUAGCUGCUCCAGUUAUAAUCCCAUCAUCACAAACAUCUUAAAAUGACUGCCAUGGCUUCCAUGAACUUAAGCCCAUGAGCAUCGCCCAUUGUGUCGCCGCUGUAGACAUCAUCUCAAUACCAAGUAGAUAACAGCAGCGGCAAGGAUCCCCGUCGACCAUGAACGUGCCAAUGCUUCUCAACGGCGUGCUUCUGCCGGUGCUGGCGGCCGUGCUCUGGCAAUACGUGCGCGUGCACGAGCGCGCCAGCCAGGCGGAGGAAGAGCUGCGAGCCGCUCGCGCCAGCCCGCUGCUGUCGCCCGCCGACUACACCGCCGCGCUGCACGAGCUGCACGCCCUCGGCACCGCUGCCGUCUGCACCGGCAAGGUUCACACCGACCGCCUAUGCCGCUUCCAGCGCCUCUGCUAUUGGUCGGACGCCGACGAGUUCGUGUUUUUCCACGGGCCCGGCUCGGUGUCGCUGCCCAGCCUCGGCGCACGCCGAUUCCAGCCGGCGCUCAUGGAUUUGUCGUCCGUCGACGAUCACAACACGCAGUACUUCAAUUUCGUCGACAUGCCCGUGUCAGCCCUGGGCGACUUGCCCCAGCCCGUCUUCCUGUCCGACCCGGCGUUGAUCUUCAACCGUUUCAACCCAGGCAACAUCAUGCACGUUCUUCACGACGAUCUGCUCCCAGCUUUUUACACCUUGCGGCAAUUUGGCGAGCUAGGCAAUGAUGCCAGGCUGGUCUUUUCUGAAGGCUGGUCGGAGGGUGCCCACUUCGACCUGUACAUGUUGCUCACAGACCGUCGCCCGCUGCUCAGAGAAGACCUUGCCAGGCUAGGUCCAUUAGUUUGCUUUCCGCGUGCGUACGUGGGUGUCAGUAAGCUGGUGACUUGGUACCAGUAUGGCUUCACACAACCGCAGGGGCCUAAGCCCAAUCUCCUGGUAUCGGGAAAUGAGGUCCGGCACUUUGCUGACUUCAUCCGAGAGAGGCUGAACGUGUCCGUGCCAGAGUUCAACUUCAGUGAACAAAACAGCGCAAAUUCAGGCUCUCAGGACAGUGACUGUGACAAAAAUUCCAAGACUGAGUGCACCAUUGCGUCCGGUGAGAAACCAGCAGAGACGAGUCCCAGCUCUCUCGGUUCUACCGCUGACCAUGGGCAAAGGAGUAAAAGUGCAGAAAACAACCCUGCCGGCAAUGCCGUGACCGGCCACUCGGUGGUUCUGUUCCGGCGGACACUGAACCGGCUGAUCCUGAAUGAAGCAGAGCUGAUCGUGGCCCUGGCACAGGAGUUUUCCACGCGUGUGCUUGUCGUGUCUGAGGAGUCCCACUCCUUCCCCGAGCUGGUGCGAAUUCUGAGUGGCGCGUCCGCCCUCGUGGGCGUCCACGGCUCCCACCUCGCCCUCGCCGCUUUCUUGCCGCAGGGAGCAGCGCUCGUCGAGGUUUUCCCGUACGGCGUGAAUCCGACGCACUACACGCCGUACCGCACGCUCUGCGGCCUGCCGGGAAUGGGACUGGUGUACGCGGCGUGGAGAAACGAGCGGCGCGCCGACUCGGUGGCGCACCCGCAGCGGUCGUGGGAUGAGGGUGGCAUCGCCCACCUGCCCCCGGCCGAGCAGGAGCGCAUCGAACGCAGUGCCGAGGUGCCCCCUCACCUCUGCUGCCGCAAUCCCGAGUGGCUCUACCGCAUCUACCAAGACACACGUGUCAACAUCCCGUCCUUCCUGGCGACGGUACGAGCGGCGCUGGGUGACCGUCCUCCCUCCCCGAGCGAUGCCCCCGCGGUUCCCGUUAUGUUCCCGGGCCGCGUGAGGGCCGCUCGCUGCGAGGCUGUGAACCGGCAAGACGGCGGCUCCCAGGGGACAGCCACGAGCUCCGCAGCUGGCCUCCUCGUGUCGUGGGAACCACCGUGGAAUCUGCCCUUUCUCAAAGUGCCCUCGCACGAGGUGCGUUACGAGGUGUGGAUCCAGGAGCUGGGCGAGAACACGUACACGCCCUACAUCCUGCCCGUCCUCAACCACACGUUCCGUGAGCACGUUCGCCCGCACGCCACCUACCAUGUGUGGGUCCGGUGCCUGCUCGGGGAGGCCCUGCAGGGACCAUUCGCGGAGGCCCUCGUCUGCAACGCCUGAGCAACGAUGCAAGUUUCGAUUUAAAGCUUUCGUGACUGCAGGGAUUCAUCUUCUUGGUUCUUUCGGUAAAGUCACGUAGAAGGAAAAUAAUAAAAUAAUAAAAAUAAAACACA